AAAGUGAAAAAAACAAUAACAAUGAAUGAUCAGGACAAAGGGUUUAACCUUGGGACCGUAGGUGCCCUUACGUUGUCUGUCGUCUCGUCGGUUUCCAUUGUCAUCUGCAAUAAAGCUCUCAUGACCUCUCUGCAUUUCAUUUUCGCUACGACUCUGACGAGCUGGCAUUUGCUGGUGACUUAUUGUUCUCUUCAUGUGGCACUGAGGAUGAAUUUUUUCGAGCACAAGGCCAUCGAUUUUCAGACCAAUAUUGGAUUCGGAAUCUUGAAUGGGAUUUCUAUUGGAUUGCUAAACCUCAGCUUAGGUUUCAAUUCUGUCGGUUUCUAUCAGAUGACAAAGUUAGCCAUUAUUCCAUGCACCAUACUCUUGGAGACCCUUUUCUUAGGCAAAACUUUCAGUAGGAACAUUAAGAUAUCUUUGACGAUUCUGCUAAUUGGAGUUGGAAUAGCAACGGUUACUGAUCUGCAGCUCAACAUCUUGGGCUCUUUUCUCUCUCUACUUGCAGUGCUUACCACUUGUGUUGCUCAAAUUAUGACAAAUACCAUUCAGAAGAAGCAUAAGGUGUCUUCAACCCAACUUCUAUACCAAUCUUGUCUGUAUCAGUCGAUAACUUUGCUAAUCUCCGGCCCGUUUCUGGAUAAGCUUUUGACGAACCAAGACGUAUUUGCCUUCAGCUAUACACAAGAAGUCGUGAUUUUCAUCACUUUGUCGUGUCUCAUCUCCAUCUCAGUUAAUUUCAGCACGUUCCUUGUGAUAGGAAAGACAUCGCCCGUCACCUAUCAAGUUCUUGGACACCUUAAAACUUGCUUAGUAUUAGCAUUCGGUUACAUCUUACUUCGCGAUCCUUUCAAUUGGCGAAAUAUUUUUGGGAUAAUGGUUGCGUUAGUUGGAAUGAUUCUAUACUCUUAUUUUUGCACGAUCGAGAGUCAGACAAAGGCUGAUAACCCCCCGGCCCUCAGUCAGCCGAAAGACAUCGAGGCUGAUCCACUUCUCCCGGCUGAAAAGGAUUCGGUAAAUCUGAAUGAGAUAACAGUCCCUAAAGGCUCAACUUGGGAAUUGAACAAAGAUUUGCACGCUUGA